AUGAAAAGACCAAGUGAUGAUUCAUCAAUUAAUAAUAUUAUAUUUGGCAUUGGUCUAGUUGUUGUUAUUUUACUGUUACUUUUAAUAAUUAUUAAAUUAAUUUAUAAAUGUUAUAAAAUGUAUCAUGGUACUGAUGAUGAUGAUCAUGAAAAAGAACAAGUUAAACGAUCACCUCUAUUACCUUUGUCAUCAUCCGACGUUGUUCGUCGAAAUUCAUCUUUACGUAAUCCAACACCAUCAAUGCAUCGAUCAAGUCUCAAUAUUGAAACUCAAAUGGAUAUUCAAAGAAAACGUUUAUCUCAAACAUACAGUAAUACCCCACCACUUAUAAAAAAAUCUUAA